AUGGCUAGAAAACUAGAAUGGCAGCAAGUGGGUGUCUCAUCGGGACCCAGCUUCCUCUCUCCAGGUUACAUCACAGCCAAAAAUAGUGAGUUGUUAUUCACUUCUGGUUGUGUGGGAAAUGAUCCAAAAACGGGUGAGUAUCCAGUGGAAGUGGAGGAGCAAGCCAAAAACGCGAUGGAAAAUUUAAAGACGGUGCUCUCUGCGGCUUCCACUAGCAUUGACAAUGUGUUGAAGGUGCUGCUAUUUGUUUCAGAUGGCAGCUACGCCCCUGCAGUAAACAAGAUUUACCAGGAAUACUUCCCUGGCAAACCUGCCAGAAGUUGCAUUGUGGUGAGCUUUCCUGAUCCCAAGUUGAAGGUCGAGCUCGAAUGUGUUGCCGAGAUCCCAGAAAGUAAGUAG